AUGUUCGACGAGGAGCGGGGCUGGAACUUCUCCUUCGCCGGCUGUGGUUUUCUGGGCUUUUAUCACAUCGGGGUCCUCACCUGCCUGAACGAGCGCGCCCCGCACCUGCUGCUCGGAGCCCGCAAGCUCUGCGGAGCCUCCGCCGGGGCGCUCAGCUGCGCCGUCCAUCUCUGCCAGAUUCCUCUGGACCUUCUCUGUGAGAUCCUCAUGGAUUUGGUCCGAAGCGUCCGGAGCCGAAACAUCGGGGUGCUCCACCCCUCCUGCAACCUCUACCGGAUCCUCAAAAAGAAUCUGGGCCAGCACCUCCCUGCCAACGCCCACCAGCUGGUGUCGGGCAAGCUGUGCAUCUCCCUCACCCGCGUGGCCGACGGGAAGAACGUCCUGGUGUCCCACUUCUGUUCCAAACAAGAUGUCAUCGAUGCGCUGCUCUGCUCUUCCUUUGUCCCAAUUUACUGCGGCCUGAUUCCCCCUUCCUUCCAAGGCGAGCGCUACGUGGACGGGGGUAUGAGCAACAACGUGCCCGUCCUGGACGUGGGGACAACUAUCACGGUCUCCCCGUUCUUUGGGGAAACCGACAUCUGCCCCAAAACCCAGUCCACGAACUUCUUCCACGUGGACAUCACCCACCUCAACUAUCACGUCUCCCUGGGAAAUGCUUACCUCACAUCCAGAUCGCUCUUCCCGCCGGAUCCGAAGGAGCUCGGCGAGGUUUGCCAUCGCGGGUACCUGGAUGCCUUCCGAUUCCUAGAGAUCGCUGGCCUCCUGAAGCCUCCGGCCCCCGACCGGGGCCUGCCGCCCCUCCCCAGCUCGGAACUGCCGGCCGUGGAGCGAGGACUGGGAGGCCAUCUGAAGCCUUCUCUGAACGAGGUUGACUCUCUACAUGUCCUCCUGUGCCAGACUGUCACGUCCUGGGAUGAGAGGAUCUUGGGCAUCCUGUCUCCCGCCCUGUCCAAAGCCUUGAACGCAGCCAUCAGGGAGAGGAGUGGUUUCUGGGGCCAGAUGUUCAGCCUCCUGCCAGUUCGAGUCCUGUCCCUCGUAGCCCUCCCCUGUACGCUGCCGGUGGAGUCUGCGUUCAUAGCCCUGCAACGGCUGAUUGAGUGGAUUCCUGACAUAGGCGAUGAUAUCUGCUGGUUGCUGCAGCACAUCGUUGGCGUUGUCCGCGCAGCUAGGUGA